AUGACCGAUACCCGCCGCAGACCGUCCGCAUCCGCCACACCAGCUCUACCAGACUCGCGGGGUACCAUGUCGCGUCGUGGAGGAGCUAGCGUACGGAGUCUGAGCUCAGGAAGCAUUACGCCCAUGGAGGAUGAAGAGGAUAGACCAAAGCGAAGCACCCGAGGCCGAAAUCCCCUUCCACCGACAAAAGGCCCCCUCUUCCCCCCUCUCCCGCCAAAACCCCUCCGCCCCAAGGCCUCGCCAAAGCAUUCCCAGACGUCCGCUACCAACUCCUACCUCCCCGCCGAGGAGAAUGCCGAAGAGGAGGACGACGAGCCUGUAGCGGGCCCAUCGCGCUCCAACGCCGUCGUGCUCAUCGAAUCAUCAUCGAAGCGGCGGAAAGAGGACCCGAGCACCCCGGAGGGCGAUAAGCAGCACGUUCCCAGCGGUAGCGGCGCGAGUCUGACGCCUCCUCCUCCGUCCAGCGAUCCCGUCCACGAGGGGGAGGAUGAGGAGGUAGAGGCCACCGGAUCCCGGCGGAAGAGCCGAGCUGGGAAUGGGGUGAUGAGUAUAGGCGUCAAGGUCGAGCUUAUGGAAGCCGCGGCGGACAACGACGAGGCGAUCGAUCUGGAGGAUACGCCAAAGCAACAAGGAGCCACGAGAGGGCGGCUCGUUCCUCCUGCGAGCGCGGGGACGACGCCUACUGACUCGGCCACUUCGGAGAGAGGCGGAAACGCGAGGACGAGCCUGGGUAGGAGGAGAAGAGGGGAGGAACAGCUGCUUUUGGAUGAUCAUCUUUUGCCGGAGGAGAUCAGGCGGACGGGGACGCUUAUCAAUCGGCGGAAAUCUCAAGCGGCGGAUCAGAUGGAGGAGCUGGCCAAGCCGGUUGAGCCGGAAGCGGAGGAGGAAGAUGGGGAUAAGGAGGAGGAAGAUACAGUAGAUGUAGCCGUGGCUGAAGAGCAGCCGGCAGAGAAGAUGGAAGGAGCAGUCGAGGAGGAGCCGUUGACGGAUGAUAUUGUGGAGCAGUCGUUGGUGGAUCCGGACGAGGAGGAUCCGGGAGAUGAGGAAGGGGAUGAGGUGACCCGCUGUGUCUGCCAGCUUGAAGAUGGUGAUCCCUUGAUGGUGGCUUGCGACAAGUGCAAUGUGUGGCAGCAUGGGCCAUGUGUGGGUAUCUGGGCAGACGAGGAGGCUCCAGACGAGUACUUUUGUGAGCAAUGUCGACCAGAGCUGCACGGACCGCUACGCAAGUGGAUGCGCAGCAAGGGGCGCAAUAUCCUCAACUUUGUCCCUCCCUCCCCUGAAGACCUCAAAGGCCUUCAUGUCUCGUCUGACCGCUACCCUCCUUCCCAAUCCAAACGAUGGAUCACUCCCGCGACCAAGGGCAAGUCCCACUCUCGCUCUCGCGCCAAAGAGCCCGCCGCGUCCCCGGUAGCGGAACCCAACGAGCUCCGACGCCAAUCUUCUCGGCGGGGCGAGCUUGCCCCCUCUCUCCCGCCAGCUCCAGCUCGUACAUCCUCGCAGCGCGAAAAGUCCGCCAAGGCCGAAGGAAGCCGAACGGGCCGAGACCAGCGGCGCGGGAGCUCGCACCAUCGUAAAGCGUCCGAAGGGCGUUCGUCCCAUCGCGGCGAGAGGGACUCGCGGUCUCCGGGUGGGGUCAGUAAUGGGACGGGUCAAAAGGAGAAGGAACCGAGAAAGAGGAGCACGAUGAAUUCGAGGGAUGCGGCGUUUGAGAACGAGGCGUUUAUGGUCGCGAUUGAGGCGAGUAAGAGGGAGCAGGAGAUGGCUGGGAAGAAGGGGGAGGAGGGGGAUGCCGAGGAGCUUGCGGAGGAAGCGGAAGAAGAGGAGAGGGGAAGGGAGGUGGAGAGGAAGCAUAAAGGCAAGCGGAAGCGUGAGGAGGAUGCAGAUCCGAAUGACCCCUCGCAUCCAUCCCAUCCUAAAGUCAAGCAUCCCAAUCAGUACACGUACCGCCCUAAACCCGCCGCAGCAGCUGUCGUCGUGCCGCCCCCGGCACCCUCUCCGGCCCGACGCGUCGUCCAAGGCACCACGCCGGUCCCCCAGAUCCCCCCACCGGCCUUACACGAACAUGGGACCCGGCGCGCCGGUGCUUUAGCUACUGGCGCACGAGAGGCACCCUUCAUCGCUGUAUCUGUCACCCACCUGGGAUGGCACCUCCCCGACUAUCUCUCCGCUUUUGCCGAUAUUUUCCCUAGCCCCAACCCGACCCCCCUGCAAGUUCGCUCACCCCGUGCCCUCCCUCCUAUAUCCAAGAAUCACUUCCUCAAUCAUCGCUUUGGACCCUUUACGGAAGUCCCAGCCCGACGAGACGGGAAAGCAGACGGAGCGGACGGGGAAGAGGGAGAUCACGCAGACGAGUUUGUGGAGGUACAACAUCGCCUGAUGCUUCCUCCGGAUCCUCCAGAACGAGAGGCCCUGGGAAAGAAGGGCGAAACGCAUACGGAGCCGCCGGCGCGGAUGAAGUAUCCCCAGCGACGGGUGACGACUGCCGAGAUGAGGAAGAGGGUGUUGCACAUGCUAGAGUUUUGCGGGAGGGUGGAGGUUGAGGAGGGGAAGCGGAAACAACGGAAGAAUAGGGUGGGGAUCCCGGAUGCGGUACGGGAGGCGGAGGGAGAGGGUGAUGAGAAGGAGAAGGAGAAGGAGGCGGAAGGUGGAAUCAUGAACGGGGAUGUGGAGAUGGUGGAUGGGCAGGAUAUCCCGAAUGGCUCGACAUCAGCCAACGGGGAGAGCUUUACCGCAGCCAACGGGGCGACCAAGCGACCCUCGCCGGAUGUAGCAGCGGACGCCACGACGUCCGAUCCCCAACCCACCUCGACAGCUUCGGGGCCGACCUCCGCCCAGCUCUUGGCGGAACUGACGGCCGAUCUGCUCGAUUUCCAAGAUACGUGGGCUCGCGGCGGAUUCGCUGCGAAUGGGUCGGCGGGGAUGGCGUACAGCCCUGCGCCGCCGAGUAGCGCUACAUUCGCGCAGGCGGGGAGCGGCUGGCCGAGCAGCCAGCUGGGGAGGGACGUUAUGGGCCCGGAAGAGGCUGAGGAGGGGGAGCAGGUUGAGAUGCAGCCUGAAGAGCAAGUAGCACCCGGACUGGAAGGAGGGGAGAGAGAAGACGGAGAUCGGCCGGAAAAUGUCGAUAGUCCUCCGGCGCCUGAUGGACCGUUCGCGCCCGGCUCGCCACUUGUCACUUCGCCCGCAGAUGUGGAGGCCGACCCGGAACCGCCGCUCUCGAUGGAUGUGUAUCGGAUGGGCGAGGUACCGGUCUCGGCUGCAGUCGCGACCGAGGCGGAGGAGGCGGUCGUGCAGCUUCUCAAGGACAAUGCGCAGAGGGAGGAGCAGCGGGCGCAUGAGGAGGCCGAGGUGGGACCUGAGGGCACGGGGGCGAGUGGAUCGUCGGAGUCGGUGUCAGCUCGGCAGGUCAAUGGGGAAGGCGGUCGACUGACCUCGGCCGAGGGAGGAGGGCAAGAGGAUGUGGUGAUGGCAGAGUGA